GAAAAUGUGUACUUUAAGUCAACUUUUCUCUUCUCUUCAUUUAAUAUUCUUUAGUCUGGAGCUCAAGAUAAUCGGUGAGUCCUUUCAAUGUGUCAGAUUCGACGUAUGGGGAUUUUUAAGGGAUCUUUUACGCAAGGUGUGGAACUAUGAAGGUAUAAAAUGAUGACGUGCCUCCGAAUUCUUGCAGGAGUUUCCAGUAAAUUGUCGGCAUCGGAGAUUGAAAACCAUUUAGAACAAGGCAAACGAUUGUUGUCUUCAGGACAACUCAGCGAUGCUUUAGUGCAUUACCAUGCUGCAGUAGGUAAGUAAAAAAGUUGCGUCUUUUAUCUUGACGGAGUGGUACAUUUCCGAUCGAAUCGAACCGGCUUGUAUAUACCCUGUGAAUUUGUACCGGUGCGAAUUUCUAUUUCUUGUCCUUUGACGACUGUAAUUUUUAACUGUUUUGAUCGCCCUUUUUAAAUUUCAUCAGUUUUAUUUUUUAUAUUCUAUAAAUUGCAAUUUUCAGUUAGUGUUUAUAUAAUAAGCCAAAUCCGAAGUCGAUCUUGUCUCUGGUAGUAACUGUAGUAACCUACUUAUAAAGAUUGCGAUUGUUUUAGCAUUUUAAUUGGAUACCAUAUAAUUAUUUCCGUUUCCCAAGCUAUUCUUGCCCAAAUUUGCAGUUUAUAUUGGCUUUCUGCGGAGCUAAAACCGCUAUGUUUAUAAUCGGCGAUGUGAAGUAGUGAAAUCGAUUGGACAUUACACAAGGAGUAAGAAGUCUACAGAUAGUUAUUUGUAAACAUUCAGCUAUAUAAGUUUUGAUAGAUACCCCUUCUUCAAAGAAUUAGUAGUAUUUAAGAUAAAAAUGUUUGUUUCAUACAAGUUAAAAGGAGCUGAAAAAUAUAAGCGUAAUUUUCGUUGGGAAAUCAGCUGAUUUUGACAUAAUAGUACCGCGUGAAAGUUGCGCCAGUGAUUUAAUGAGAAUCCGACCAAUAGAAAUUUGCCAGGCAUUGUAUUUUGUAGGUUGUAAUGCAAAUACCUCUGGUUGAUUCAGCACUGUUGAUAAUUUUUUCCCUGAAAGAUGAUAAUUAUAAAAGAUGUAUAAUCCUAAGGCUGAGAAGAUUCAGGAUUACUGGAAAGGAGGAGCAUUCUCCCUGGGAAAUUUAUGUUUAGGCUUCUGAAUGUUGAUUUUAAUAUGCUGCUUUGUGAGGCAUUAAAAAAAUAUAUUUAACGUGCAGAUACUGACUUUUUAUUGCCGCAGAAAAAAAGCUAUCUGUCAUCACCUAUUGCCUAGCUAAUUACGACCACCUAUUGCCACAAUUAGUUUGUGCUGUUGGCAAUUAACUGAUUAAAGAUUAAAGAUUGUUUUUGCAUUUCUUUUUUAGAGGGUGACCCAGACAAUUUUUUAACAUAUUUCAAAAGGGCUACAGUUUUUCUUGCCAUGGGUCGUUCAAAGGCGGCAUUACCUGACUUGGAUCGAGUUCUAGAGCUUAAACCUGACUUUUUCCAAGUAAGUUCCUUUCUUAUCCAUAAUGCAGUUUUACAGGUUGACUGACAACUUCAGAGGCAGUGAUCCCUGUGUUAUCCUUUUUUUCUUUCUUGUUUUCCUGUCAUCCAUGAUCUAGCCUGGGUUGCGGACAUAACCUAACCUCCGUUAGUAAUGUCUGCAAAGCGGCCAUGAUAUCCAUGUUUUGGACCUCCAGGGGUUUUAAGUAGCCAGCAGAUUUGAAUAGAGUAACCGACUGUAUCAACAGUCCACAUUUUCAAGGGGUGUCUGGGAACAUGCUCCCUCAGAAAAUUUUAAAAUUGCAAAGCCCUAAUAAGUGAUUUCAAGCAUCUAGGGGACUAAACUGAGUAUAAAAGAGUGAGUUUUCUAGUCAAGAAGAUUUGGGUUUUAGUCAAAUUUUGAUUUAUUAGUCAGACAAUUAACUCCUGCAAGCAAUGAACAAAUGAUAAUUAUACUAAGUUACAUACAUUUCUGCGUGAACAAAUUCUAUUUUUUCCCAUGACAUUAUUGAAACUAGUUGCUUCUAGUUCGGGGGAAAGAGUAGCCAACUUUUCUGAACAAUGUAGCUGAUGGGUUUCGUCAGUAGUUGGUGCUUAUUGAAACCCCUGGGCCUCCAACAGACUACAGACAGACAACAUUUUGAAUUUCAGUUCCCUUCAACAUGAUUGGCAAUUGAUGAUGGCAUUUCUCCAAUUCUAACAGGCCAAUCAUGACACAUACUAAAAUCCUGGUACACAGGUGGGGUCCUGGAGCAAGGGAUUUCAGCACUGUUUCGCAAACAGACUUAACCAGAGGAUUGGUUUCGUCUGUUGCGCAGGGUACCAUGACCAUGUGGUUUGUAUUGUCCCCACUUAGUGGUUAUACACCGCUAUUACAGUUUUGACACUUUAAUAAAGGUUUCAUCAUCAUCAUCAUCAUCAUCAUCAUCAUCCCUCUUUAGGGUUUUGUUGGGUUGAGUAAGUUGGUAUUAGUUAUAGGGGUGAGUGAUCAUGAUAGAUAAUUAAUUUUAUAAAGAUUGUUGGUUUCCUUGUUUUUUCUGUAGGCACGGUUACAACGAGGAAAUGUUUUACUCAAACAAGGAAAAUUAGAUGAAGCGCACAUUGAUUAUGAAGCAGUGGUAAGUUCAACUUUCUAUCAAAGGGCAUUGUUUAUAAGUUAGUCUAGUAUUUAUAAUUGUUUUAUACCUUUUUCUGUGAAAAUUAUAAUCAUAUACCCACACAGAAUAUUAAUUUACUACAAAAUAACAGUAGUAAAAUAAUCUUAUUGUUUUUUAUUUGAUUGUCAGCUACGGAAAAGCCCUGAUAAUCCUGAGGCACUGCAGCAGGUUUGUAUGCAGUUGGAAAGAUUUAAGAAAUAUCAACUUUUUCCAUGUUACAACCUAUUUCCUUUUGCAUUGUCUGAAAUGUGUUUUCUGUUUGAUUUUCAGUUAAGCAUAAUAGAACCCAUCAAAAGAGAUGUGAUAGAAGCUAGGGAUGCAAUGAACAUGGGGGAUUACCCCAGAGCCAUAGAAUCUUUAGGAAAAGCAAUAGAGGUAAUAACAAUUUUGUCAAUAAUCAGUUAUUGUUUAUGUUACAGGUCAAAAUUAUAUCCAGGUUGAAUUUUUUUAACCUACAAUCGGCGACAAAAUGAGUUGAGACACUUCGCCCAAAACUGGGCUUUUUUACGUUUUAUUCACUUCAAAAGGAGGAAAUAUAGCUUUCCUCCCCCAUCCCCUCCGUGCAAUGUUGUGCCCUUGUUCUCGCUGCCUAUAGAAAACAACAAACACCCCAACUUUGAAUGGAGGGGACAGGGGAGGGGUGCGGAUUCUUUUGUUCUCCGAAAUUACCCCAUCUAAGAACAAUGUCUCAACAAUUUUGUCGCUGAUUGUAGGUUGAUUCUCAAUUUCCUUUGUCCCCUAGCCCUAAUUAUUCAUGAAAUAGGGAUGGGAGAGAAAGGAAAGAUUGAGGAUCAAUCUAGGUUAAAAAAAAUUUAACCUGUAACAUUUAUAAUAAUACAGUACUAAUAACGGAAAUGGAAGGACUUGACUAUCCUAAGCCUAACCCCUAACCCCUUUGUCAUACCUGCCCAUGACUACCCAACCACAGCAGAGUGAAAGGUGCUCUGUGUCCUUUGAUCUAAUCUUUGGAUGCCAACUUAUAUUUUGCUCCCUCUAUUAUUUUUUGGAGAAUCCUCACUACUAUAAGUACAGGGUAUAAGGUAAUUUUGCCUAACAUUUUACAGAGUCAAUUCCAAAAGCUUACAUUAUUGUAUAAGUUGCAGGUAGAUCCAGGAGCAUUCAACUGCAAGUUAAAUGUCAAAUGUCAAAUUUCUUUAUUUUUUCUUACUAAGCGCACUAUAAAUGAAUAAAUUAUUAUUAUUAAUUAUUAUUAUUACUUCCAGAUUACUCCAUGGGAUCCUGAUCUUAGAAUGAUGAGAGCUGAUUGUCAUAAACAAAUGGGAGACUAUAUCAGUGCUAUUUCAGAUAUCAAGUGAGCGUUAAUUAACUACAGAAGCAAUGCAGCUACAUUCCUACUCACUGCUGGCCUUUCAAGACAUAAUUACAAAUAAUGGGAAAUUGUAUAAUAUUUUUCAUUUCAUAUUUUUUUUUCCAUUCUUUUACCAGGCCUACUACAAAGCUAAUAAGUGAUAAUACAGGAGCAUACCUUCAGCUUAGUGAAUUACAUUAUGAUAUGGGUGAAUUAGAAGAUGCCCUAAGGUGGGUUACGUAGUUUUUAUUCUUUUUCAUCACUUGCAUUUUAUUAUUGUUCAAACCAAUGUUUUACAAGCCAGGUAGGAUUCCAGGAUUACGACUUUUUUACUUCUUAGUUUUACAAGUACUGACUUGAGAGUGAUGAGAAUCCCUGCUUAUAAUUUUCCAGUUAAAAUUGAACUUAAAUGCGUUAGUGUUGGUUUUGUUUUAAAAUGCGUCCAUAUGAUUUUUUUUUUUCAGAGAAAUUCGAGAAUGUCUGAAGCUUGAUCCUGAUCACAAGGAAUGCUUUCCUUUUUACAAGGUCAGUAUAAUAAUUAUUAUAAUUAUAAUAAUAAUAAUGAUGAUGAUUAUAAUAAUAAUAACAAUUAUUAUUAUUAUUAUGAUAAAAAUUAUUAUUAUAAUUAUUUUUACAUUUAGUGCAAGUUAUUCAAGCAAGUUCAACAAGCCACUAAAUAAUGAGAGCAAACUAGAUAAACAAUUUUUGUUGCAAUUUCCUUUUCAUUUAUGACACUCAAAGAGCAUUGAUUUUGUGGAGGUGAUAAGUGGGUGUGUUGGUUUGUUUUGACACAGCAUAGUUUGCUACACUAUGAUCAAAAGCUUUUGUGCAAAUCCAUUGGAUGGACUGUGGGCAAAAUUUACUCAUAAAUUACGAGUAGCUCAAGAACUAUGUAUAUUUCACCAUUUUUUGUAGAAAAUGAAGAAACUAAAUAAACAGAUGACAACAGCACAGGACUUGAUCAACAGGGGCGAGUAAGUUGUGAAAAAAUUAUGAUUGUUAUUUUACAGACACUUAGUCAUACCCUGCAUCAUGGACACACUUCCUAAAAGCAAAAGGCUGAUUAAGUAUGUCGAUUUUCAACCAGACCAAUUUAAAGCAAAUUUUGAGAAAAACUCAAAAGAAACUUGUUGGUGUCCCUGUUAAAGGAAAUUCUCCUUGGACAGGACUGGGUAAGCUGUGGUAUUUCACCACCAAGAAGUAACGUUUCAAGUAAUAUUUAUUGCUUGCUUUAUUGCAGAUACGAAGAAGCAUUAUCUAAACUAAAGCAGGCGCUCAAAACAGAGUCUAGAAUCCCUUCUCUGGUGGGAGCACUUAGGCGACAGAUGUGUCACUGCCAUCUGAAGGUGAAUGUCAAACUCCUUGGAGAUUAUUCUUUAAAUUUAUUCUCAAGACCUUUUCUUGACUUGGGUGAAGUGCUGUUCACUCUUACCCUUUAGGUCACAAGAGUGACCAACAUCAAUUUUCUCCUGACAACAUCAGCAGAUCAUCAAGAGUAAAGGUUAUGAGAAUUACUAAAUUGAUGACCAAAGGGAGAAUACUUUGAUCUUAAACCAAAUUCUCUCUACUAUUCUCAAAAGAAAUGUAUGGAGAAUUCUGGAGAAUUUGUGUGUAGAUCUUUAGGCUUGAAGAGUUAAGGGUGAAAUAAUCGUGAGUUUUGAGCUAAGACAAUGAGGAUGGCCUUGUAAUACGUUCAAGUUGCAUGUGGUCGAGGUUUAAUGAAAUUUUCUCGGCUUUUUUUUAAUGUUAAGCUUCAAAAUCCGAACGAUGCAAUCAGACAGUGUAACGAAGCCUUAAAACUUGAUGAAAACGAUGUUGAUGCACUUUGUGACAGAGCCGAGGCCAAUAUACUUAAUGAACAGUACGAUGAAGGUGAGUUCCUUUAAUUUCACUACCAAUUAAGAUGCACCAAACUUCUAUUUUUACACUACAUUGUAGGUUAGAAACUGCGCGCCCUCUUAUCCUCUUACCUGAAAAGAUUAUUUUUUCUUGUUAGAUUUGUCAAGUCUGCCUAUACGUACAUUUGGGUGUUUUCGUUUGGCCACCUUUCAAUACUCUGCAUUCUCUAAUCGCCAUCAUGUCAGCUAAUAUGACAGUAAAGAGCACUUGCAUACUUGCAUAUGUAACGAGAUUUUGAUUUUAAUAUCUUCUGUUAAACUUCGACAAACUUUUUCUUUCUUCACAGCUGUAAAUGAUUACCAAAAAGCGAAGAACAUCAAUGAGAAUUUACACAAGGUAGGCCGGUGAAAAAAUUUCUGGAGUUUCCCUUACAAUUUUAGACAGAUGAAGAAAAGUCUGUAGAUGCGGAGUUAAACUUUUCAACCCCUUGUUUGUUUGUUCUUCCCAGGUUCAGGAAGGACUUGAAAGAGCAUUGAGACUACAAAAGCAGUCUAAGAAACGGGAUUAUUAUAAAAUAUUAGGCUUGAAAAGGUAACGUUCUUUUUCUGCUAAACGCUACAUCGCAUUGAGCUCCCGUUUCUCCCGAGUAUUGAAAGUAAUUUCGUGAUUUCCUUGUUUGGUGUUUAAUUUGCCUUAGACUACGGUAGAGCUGGCCGCCGUUGGAAUUGCGCUAGUCUGCAGAGUGGGAGAUCGCGGGUUUGGUCCUCGGGGCCGGACCAACACUCAUGGAGUACUGCCUUUGCCUCGCAAACGGCUACAUCCUCGCGCGGCUCGGAGAAGAAGUCAUGGUCCCGUCUCCAGUAGGAGACCUAAAAUCAGUGCCCCUAAUUAGUACUUUCUUGGCUUUGUCAUUGGCUGAAAAUCUCACGCCUCUCUCCCAAUCAGAAACAAUCACGACUCACCUGCUCCCGUGCUUUUUCCCGCGCUUUGCGUCAGCUAGUCCCUUAUCUGAUUGGUUCUUAUUUUUCUACUUGAAUGCCGAUUGGCCAAAUUGAUCACUUUUUGACUGUUUUUAAAAAGACGCUGUUAUUGGCUAUUUCCGAGUUCCAAAAACCCUCAGCUUUCAAAUGAGACUAAGGGCAAAAAUGAAUCUUAUUUGCAUGAGAAUUAAAAAUCACUGUCAUAUCAAAAGCUUCGCGCUUGCCCUGGUUUAAAAGCAGAGGCUUGGGCAACGUUGAAAUCUCAUCACUUUUGCACUGUAACUCACUGGCCGUUUGCUUAUUUUGCUUUUUAGGACGGCAACAAAGAGAGAAAUAAUGAAAUCUUACCGCAAGUUAGCUGUGCAAUGGCACCCCGACCAUUACGAAGGCGAUGAUAAGAAAAAAGCCGAGAAAAUGUUCAUUGAUAUCGCAGCCGCAAAAGAAGUCUUGUCUGACCCAGGUAAGAGAAACUCGGUGCUCUGUGUUCUGACGGCUUUUCAUUCGAACAGUUAAUCGCAAACUGACCUUGGUCAAGAACAUUUAAACUCUUUGUAUCGUAAGUAGGUGACAAACAAACGCAACGCCACAGUAUCGUACUGCUCAUUUGAAUUGCCACACUUUACACAAAGAAUAAUUUAACAAGUUAACAAGGAGAUAAUCGAAAAAGAAAAUGGAACUCACCUAUUUACGUUUGGUUGGUUAUUUAGUGGGUUUUCUUUCUUCCAACUCAGAAACAGGGCGAUGACGUCGUUCUUGAAAACUUUGAAAUUAGACAAACAACAACUGUACAUGCGUAACAUUCAAGUUAGCAAACAAACUUCGCACGAUUGCACGUGCACGAAAGACUCGUCAAGAACACACUUUGCACGUGCGCACGUGCGGUAAGAGUCAGAUUCGCAAAACAAUAGAUUUAACCCAAAGGUUACUUGCUAUUAAAGAGGAAAGUUGAAAGUUGAGAAAGGCUUCGACUUUUGGAGAUGGCCUCAGCAAGCGUCAAGGAACAAAGGAGACUUAGAGGGUUCACAGACCGUCUAUUUUCUCUUAAAGUGUAUAUGACAGAAAUUUUUUUAUUUGCUUGAUAGAAUCUAUACAGUGUUUUGAUAAGGAAAGCAAAAAAAAAUUUUCGAUAGCGAUUUUUCUUCCCCGUGUUUUAACCUGCCAAAAACGUGAAAUUUUACUUCCGGUGAGCUACAAAACCGCGCUAGCGAAAACAGAAGACUGGGAAUGAUUAUGACGUCAUUUCAGGACAUUCUAUUUCGCGGCAGGCAAAUUACAUGGUCAUUUUCUUAUUUGUGUGGCAGUGUUUGGAGAAUGUUUUUUGAGUUUCCCUGACCUUUUUUGAUCAGAAACAGCAGAAAUCAAUAAAAAGUCGCUUAAGCUCGAAUUUAAUGGACUGUGAAAAAGAAUAAUGAGUUUUGAAAGCGGUACGGAACAGUCAGACGUGGAAUCGAUCGGGUCGCGCACUCACAUCUGCGAGACAGAGCUAGGAUCAGACGAAAAUGAAGAAGAUAUGUACUAUUCAGAUCCAGAAGGACCGUAUAUAGAUGAACCUAUUGCAGACGAGGAAUGGCUAAACAGAAUACAACCGAGAACUAGAAGAAAUUUAAAGGAGAAACCAGGAGUUACAAAACCGCUUUGACAGGAUUGUCGAACCCGAGACUUGGUAAGUGUUCGCUCUAUUUCUCACCUUUUAAUUAUUAGCCUGAAGAAUCUUAUCGUACUAAGAUCAUACCUUGCUGAUAAAAGGCAAGGAUAAAAGUCGUAUUCUUCAACUUAAAUACUACGUUCCUUCUUUUAAUUUCAAAGGUGCUCAUGUGGCAAUUGUGCUCUUGAUCGGCUGCAAAAUCCAUAAUCAUGGCUGUGUUCUAAGACAAAUUGAAGGGAGCCCAGUGCCCUGAACCUGUGAAAUCAAGGAUGCCUAGCAUAAUAUUAUAAUCUCUAAGAUUUUCUUGUCGCCGUAGAGCAGAAGCUUAUGUGCUAGGGGUCACCAUAUGCUGUUAGAACACAGCCCUAUCUGAGGCUGGCUGAGCCUUCUGCCCCUCUCAAGUCACUUUUUUCUUUGGGAAAAUCUUUUAUUUUUUUGGACAUCUAGGGAUUUUUAUUGUUAUCAAUAUUACUGUUAUAAUCAAGAAAAUGAUAAAUAUAGCCAUUAAAGCAACAUAUUACAUCUUUUGUUGUAGAAUUAGGAACUGGGAUAGCCCAGACUUAAUGCAAUUUUGAUUUCUUUUUUUUUUUGGCUUUUGUUUUGUUUUGUUUUUUGUUUUUUUCUUUGUAAUAAUCCAAUCUCAAGCAGCAUUUGUAAAUUGCCUAUAUGUAGCGAGAUUUACAAUUAUACAUUCAAAAAAACAAAUAAAGUUCCCAUUAUUAUUAUUAUUAUUAUUGUAUUGUUACAUAUUAUUAUCAUUUUAUCAGCAAUCAAGGUGGACUAAAUAUAUUUUUCCUAUUUUGCUUGCAGUAUCUGUUGUUUUUGCCCAAGAGGCAGCUGCAGCUACAGCACAGUCAUCAAGUGGAGGAAGAACAAGGAAUUGCACUGUUUGCAAAAGACCCAUGAGAGGGCACAACCUUCUAGUUGAUUGUCCAAAGAACCAGGCACGACAAAACAGUGGACAGUGAUAGCAGACCUUUUUAUUUUUUAUUUUCAGGCAAAGUCAAUAAGUUGCCUGGUAAUUGCUUAAUACAAACUGGGAGAGAUCUUUACAUCGCACGUGUUAUACAAUAGUCUGCAUUGUCCCGUGUGCCCGGCAUGGGAUUUUUUGGGGGUUAAUUUUUGGUCCAGGGAUUUUUUUGGGUUUUGCUGGAAGCCCUAGGGAUUUUUUGGGUCUUGACUUUUGGCUCCAUUCGAUCAUUCCCGUCACUUGAAUUCCCGAGUACCCCCCCUGGGACUGUAGAUACUAAGAUACAGAUAGUUUCUGUGCAAUCAGCUGAUGUUUUGCGUCAAUAUUAGUCCAAACUGGUAUAAAAUUUGUCAGUGGACUCUGUUUCGCUAUUUGCAUUUUAAAAUAAUGAUGGUCAUAAAGGCAAUAUCUUUAUUCAUUAUCUUCAAAACCAACAAAUUCUUCAUUCUCUUCUGAAAGUUCUGUUCUUAUUGCUGGCAGUGGAAUCCGCUUUCCCCCAAGAAAACCAUGUACUAGUUGCAUAAACUCUCUGUAGGCUACUCCACCAAGAAACCUGUUUAAAAGAAUGAAGACAUAAAAAUAAAUAUUCAAGUCAUGACCUCGCCCUGUAUUUCAACUCUGUGAGCCCAGUAUUACCACAUGACCAGUGGCAGAUGCAUUUCUAUUCCAAUCGUGCCCUUCCUUUGUGUCUCUAAAAUCCCCAUUUCUUUUAACAUCUUAUGAACUGAACAUUAUCAAAUCAACUGUCAAAUAUAGUUGAAAAUAGGACCAGGGUUGAAGAGUAGAGCAGAGUAAGAAAAGAUGAAAGUAGUCAGCAAAAGAUGAGAUCAAAAUGCUUUGUGUGGGGUUUGGUGUGGCUGGCACCCCCCUCCCCUCUCCCACAUGCACACACACACCCAGGCCCAGAGAAAAGUUUGAUUUUAGGGGUUCUGCAAAGUACAUUUUGCUUUAUUUUUUAUCAUAUGUUUUUUGUAAUAUAGUGAUUCUACUCAACCGAUUAAACAGGUAGUAGAAUGGAACACGCUAUCAUGCAUUAAUUCUAUUGUCUUUCAUGGGUCAGGUAAAAUCUCUCUAUUAUACAAAAUAAUGGGCAACAAAAACAAUCGAUUGAUUAUCUUUCUCUUAAAAUGGUGUUUGAACAAAUAACCACUGCUUCUGUUGCAACUGUCGGGCGCUUUUGCCGGCUAACGUUGCUUUUGGAGAACACAGUAAAUUAGCAAUUAGAGAUAGCUCUGACAGAAAAACUGGGCAAAACAUUACUCACUUUUCUUCUGUAUCAGUCUGACGAUACUUUGUACCGUCUAUCCUUUUGUAUUUACUUGCGGCUGAUCGGAGAGACCAUCUGUUAAGGCAAACGACACUGAAACCUGGAUGCAAUGUAAUACAUUCGGGACUGAUUUCCACCUCAUUCAGAACGGCGGUACUACCAAGUGAUUCCACACACUUUUCGAUUUCCUUGCAGCAGAGGCAUUCCCCGGGAUUUUGCAGCCGAUCAAGAGCACAAUUGCCACAUGGGCACCUUUGAAAUUAAAAAGAAGGAACGUAGUAUUUAAGUUGAAGAAUACAACUUUUAUCCUUUUCUUUUUAUCGGCAAGGUGUGAUCUUAGUACGAUAAGAUUCUUCAGGCUAAUAAUUAAAAGGUGAGAAAUAGAGCGAACACCUACCAAGUCUCGGGUUCGACAAUCCUGUCAAAGCGGUUUUGUAACUCCUGGUUUCUCCUUUAAAUUUCUUCUAGUUCUCGGUUGUAUUCUGUUUAGCCAUUCCUCGUCUGUAAUAGGUUCAUCUAUAUACGGUCCUUCUGGAUCUGGAUAGUACAUAUCUUCUUCAUCUUCGUCUGAUCCUAGCUCUGUCUCGCAGAUGUCAGUGCGCGACCCGAUCGAUUCCACGUCUGACUGUUCCGUAUCGCUUUCAAAACUCAUUUUUCUUUUUCACAGUCCAUUAAAUUCGAGCUUAAGCGACUUUUUAUUGAUUUCUGCUGUUUCUGAUCAAAAAAGGUCAGGGAAACUCAAAAAACAUUCUCCAAACACUGCCACACAAAUAAGAAAAUGACCAUGUAAUUUGCCUGCCGCGAAAUAGAAUGUCCUGAAAUGACGUCAUAAUCAUUCCCAGUCUUCUGUUUUCGCUAGCGCGGUUUUGUAGCUCACCGGAAGUAAAAUUUCACGUUUUUGGCAGGUUAAAACACGGGGAAGAAAAAUCGCUAUCGAAAAAUUUUUUUUGCUUUCCUUAUCAAAACACUGUAUAGAUUCUAUCAAGCAAAUAAAAAAAUUUCUGUCAUAUACACUUUAAGAGAUCUUCGAGCGUGGCUAGACAGCCUAGGAGACUGGAUAGACUCACAUUUUUAGACAUGGCUUUUCAGAAACAAACGUGCCUGUAUUUACUACAAGCGACUCCAGUGAAUAAAAUUUAUCUAUUUUGUUUUCAACAGAAAAACGGGCGAAAUACGACAGCGGUGAAGAUCCACUCGACCCAGAAGCCCAGCAGGGUGGUGGUGGCCCUUGGCAACACGGGGGAUUUCCAUUCGGCGAAGGAUUCCAGUUCAAAUUUCACUUUAACUAAAUUGUCAUCCUCCAGUUCCUUAGAUUUCAAUUUAUUUGAAUUGAUGUACCUGUGAUGACAAAAGGGACGGAAAGGCUUCUUCCGCAUGCAACUACAGCGAUUAGAAACAAUUAUAACAAUCUUAUAUAACUAUAAUAAUUACGAUGGUUAUGAAUAGUCAUUAAAUUAUCGUAAUUAUUAAAGUAACCUCACAAAACUAUUUACUAACUUAAGUCACUUUACCACUAGCAAGCUUUGCCUUGUCCUCUUGAAUAGUUUCUAUGUACGUUCAGAACAUGGAAACUAGUAAAAAAAAAACUUCAUUUAUUUUGCGUUUUCACUGACAAGCAAAGCUUGCUAGUUGAAAUGUGGCUUAACCGGCAUAUCUUUGUGUUUCGUAAAAUUUUCCGAGCUGAGAAAUAAACUUUGUGGAUAAAUCUUUUCUUAUAAUCCUACUUGAGUUAACGUUUUGACGUUGAAAUUGUACAGAGGUUUUGAUAUUCUUGUAAAUUCUACGGGUGUAAGUUAACUUAGCUUCUUUGCUUUUGGUCUCGAGUUUACGAUGUUCCCAAGCAACAGUUGCUAUGUGAAAUA